AUGUUCAGCCCAGACCAGAUAGCUGCCCAGGAUGACCUCCAGUCGGUGCUUCUUGAAUCACCAGCCCUUCGACCGAUUGACUAUGGGUCGGCAGCCAACGUCAUCCUCGUCAUCAAUCCCUCACAAAUCGUGGUUGGCUUCCACCUCUGCCAAUGUGCACUCAACAAUCCGUGGGUUUGGUACUAUGCCUGGUUCGGCUCCAUCACCCUUAACGACCGCAAAUCGCGAUUCUCCCAGCCGAAGCUUGAACUCUAUGGUCUCUUUCACACCCUCCGAUUGCUCAAAAUGUAUCUCAUCAGCGUUCGGAACCUGAUAGUCAAAGUAGAUGCAUGCUACAUCAAGGGCAUGCUCACUACCCCAGAUCUCGAACCCAGCGCCAGCAUCAAUUGGUGGAUCAUCUCCAUCCUCACCUUCCAUUUCACACUCGUCCACGUCCCUGGCACCUCUCAUGGCCCUGAUGGACUCUCCUGA